AUGGGGAUGCUCAAGUGUGUUGGGCAAUGGAGAAUUAUGGCAUGGGGGUUUAAAUAUCUGAAGGGGAAAGAAGAAUGUAAAAGUUGUUGGCUGGAAGUUGAACUGAAAAGGCUUAGUUGCAAGAUCUCUCUGUGUCUCCGACUGUUCGGGAAGCUCGGAGUGUCAAAUUGCAUCGGAGCCAAGCUCUAUUUCUCCUUCGGUACAAUGUCGACUUCCAACACAGAACAAUCCGAAUUGCAAAACGGAACCAGCGGACCCCAAGCACCGGCUUCUGACUCCGAUCCCAACCCCACUGAAUCCAAAGACAUCUCGAUCCAAUCAAACGACGAACCACCGGCUGACUCCGAAGCUUCCAAGCCCGACGAAUCCAAGGACGGUUCUACCCAAUUGACCCAAGUGCAACCAACCAACGAAGAGGAGUUGAAUCCCGGAGAUAAACCCAUCCAAUCUGAUGUUGCGCCGGUAGUGGAUGUUGAUUCAGAUCCCAAGAUCGACGAACCGGAAUCGAACAAUGCAAGGGAGCUGCGAAAAGAUGAAGGGAGCAGAACCUUCACGAUGAGAGAAUUAUUGAAUGAAUUGAAGAACGGAGAUGGAAAUGAAGAUUCGGAAGCCGACAGGCGAGACCCUGGUACUCCUUACAGGUCCGUUUUCGAAUGUGAUUCUUAUCUCAGUCUAUAUUGA